AUGUAUGAAACGGGCAUCUUAGAGUCUAGAAACAAAAAUGACGCAGCAACAAACAUUUUCUUUUCCUUGUACUUUGAAUUCGGUUUUUCGAUCACGCUGGCCAACUACAACAAUCUUCACAACGACUAUCACAGGUCAUGGUUUGAUGCCCAUCGUCUAUCAUCAGGUGAUAGCGACCAUGCCAAAAGCAUCCCUCUGAUCGGCUACGUUCUUCAUUAUUUCUUAAUUAGUCCUGGAUUGGACAUUACGGUAAGGCGUUUCAUUUCAGAGUUGGUUGAAGUUGAAACCGUAAAUAUCCAUUUGUAA